CCGGCGCUUCUCGAGGCGCGCUGCUGCCUGCCUGCCUGCCUGCCUGCCUGGGACUUCCCUGUUGUACAUGAGACACCCACCCACGCAAAGAUGGCUGCGAAGGGCUCGCAUUUUCACCUGAAAAUGGAAGAGGCGGUCGAAAGGUGCAGGACAGAUUGCCAGUGGGAGACGCAGCUCGCCGUGGUGGCGCAGAUGAGGGCGCGGGCAUCCAGCCCUCGGCACAAGGGGGCCAAAGGAGCCGGAGCCGGACCGCCCAAAUCUGAAGACUAUGAGAAUCUACUAGUUGCAGAGGCACUGCUGGAGCUAUGCUUGAAAGAGAACCUUGCCAAAAUCAAGAACACCAUGCCAUUAAUGGAAAAAAAUGAGCCCAAACUGAGUGACGCCAAAAAGUCUUUGACUGACAUUCUAAAUCGAGGAAAAUUACUGCCAAAAGAUAUGACGGAAGCAAUGUUGAUCCUCGCAAAGCUUCAUUAUAUUGAAGGCUGUUACACCGAGGCUCUAAGCAUGUAUGCAAGAGCUGGCCUUGAAGACAUUGUAGUAGAGAAGAAACCUUUAUACAAGCUGCGUCUGCUAACAGAAGCUUUUGUUAUUAAAGGCUUGGCACUGGAACGCUCACCCAAUUCCAUUGCUUCCCAAGUCCGGCUGUCAGAAAGGGAAGAGGAGGUCAUGGCUUGCUUUGAAAGGGCAUGUGUAAUUGCUCAAGUGUUCCUGCAAGAACUUGAGAAGAGCUUCAAUAACACACAUACAAGAGGCAUAAAAGGUGUUCAUGGAUCUCCUUUGGAUUUUGAACUUCCUUACUUCCUGGAAGCAGCCCUGCAGAGUGCAUAUGUGGCCCAUUUAAAAAGAGGCAACAUUAUUAAAGGAAUAAGAAAUCUCCGAGAAUUGUUAAGGACCAUGGAAACGAAGGCUACUCAGAGCUUCAGAACGACAGCCACCAAACAGCUGGCAGAGCUGCUCCUCCACUCCCUGAGUGAAGAUUGUUACUGGAGUCCCUUAUCUGAUCCUCUUCCUGAGUUCAUGAAGAAAGAGGAUAACACUUACAUCUGUGCCACUUUACGUCGAAGACUACAGCUACACGCUGGAGAUAACAUCUAUAGCCCCCAUGACAACGUUGAAGAGGCUCUCCUCCUCCUCCUGAUCAGCGAAUCCAUGGCGAACCAGGAUGCAGUAAUCAGCCGAGCCCCUGAACAGAAAGACGAUCGAGCCAUCAGUCUCCAGGAUGCAUCAGCAGUUUAUGAUCUUCUGAGUAUCACUCUGGGCAGAAGAGGACAGUAUGUAAUGCUUUCUGAGUGUUUAGAACGAGCAAUGAAGCUCGCAUUUGGUGAAUUUCAUCUCUGGUACCAGCUGGCUCUGACCAUGACAGCUUGUGGUAAGUCUGCUCAUGCUGUCUCAGUGCUCAGAGAAUGUGCAAAGCUACGUCCUGCAGAUCCUACUGUCCCUCUCCUGGCUGCCAAGGUCUGCAUUGGACCUCUGCACUGGCUGGAGGAAGGAGAACGUUUCGCCAAGAUGGUUGUUGACAUGGGAGAAGAUGCCGGAGAAUUCCUAGCAAAGGGCUUUUUAGCAUUAGGCCUGACAUACAGCCUUCAAGCAACUGAUGCUACCCUGAAAAUCACACAAGAUGACUUGCAUCAGAAAGCACUUAAGACUUUAGAAAGAGCUCAUCACUUGGCACCUGAAGACCACCAAAUUAUCCUCUAUAUCUCAUUGCAGCUGGCUCUUGUCAGGCAGAUCUGUGAUGCGAUAGAACACCUUCAAGAAGCACUGAAACUGUGUAAGGAUGAUAUGAAUUCUCUUCAUUUGUUGGCCCUCCUUUUUUCAUCACAAAAGCACUACCAACAUGCUUUGGAUGUAAUUGACGUGGCCCUUGCAGAGUAUCCUGACUGCUUCAAUUUACUCUUCACAAAAGUAAAACUGGAAUUAGCACAUAAAGGACCAGAAGAGGCUUUAGUGACCUGUAGACAUAUGUUGCAUCAAUGGCAGAUGUUGUAUAAUGUUUCCCAGCAAAG